AUGGCGUCGCUGAACAAUAACAACAUCCGCGAAGAUGCCGUCCUCAAGUGGCGAGUAAAGGAUGUUUUGCUGUCCCACGGCGGUACAGGCGGCUUGGUGAACGCCCUCGUCGACUUCAGCUCACGCGCGGCAGUCUCUGUCCGCCAGCAGAGCCAAAUAGCUGGCACCGGCGCCAGCACCACGUGCGCUGAUGUGGGACUCAGCUAUGAGCAGUUUUUGCUUUUCCUACAGGACCACAGCGUUUGUCUGACCCCUUUUGAGGCCGCAUAUUUGUGCCGCGCCUUCGACGACCACCGCACCGGCCUCGUUAGCGCCGCCACCUUCACGCGGCACCUCACCGGCCUCAGCGAGCGUCGACUGCGCGCUGUCAACAAAGCGUGGCGAUCGCUGGAGAAGCGCAAAGGCACGGGUGGGGGGGUCUCGCGUGAGCGCCUCCUCUCCACCUAUGCAGCGGUGGCGGCCGAGAGAGCACACCCUGCGGCGAGCGCCGUGGGCGGCCCGGCAGACGGUACUGCUCACAAUGCGGCUGCUGCGGUGCCCCUCUCUUCUCCCUUGGGUAGCGCACUGGAGUCGACCUUCGGUGGUGCUGAUGGAACGCGCGGGCACCUCAAGGAGGCGUACAUGGCCUCGAUGAUGGGCCGCAGUGGCGGCUUUAUGGCAAAACUCAAUACCGCUGCUGGCGGUGCCGACGAUGUAUCUGGUGAGGUAGAAGACCGGAUCUCGUACGCCGAGUUCCUUGCCUUCUACGCCGGCGUGAGCCCACAGUUCGCUACGGACGAGGCCUUCGUCGCUCAUGUACUGCAGUCAUGGGCUGCCGACGACGCGACGCGUCCGACGCUGGACGAGACGGCACGCGAGUGGGGCCCUGACGGUGACCCACUGAUGCUCGACGGCCCUCGCUACGUGAAGGAUGCGCUGAAUCUUGAGCUGGGCAUGUCCUCCAAAUCCUACAACUACAGUCACAUGCAGCGCGAGCACCCCUACGUGGAGCCGCUGCCGCCACUCAACAGGCCCGAAAUCAUGGCCACCACGGUGCAGCGAACGCACAUCUCCUUCAGCAAGGCAGCGCAGGCACUGGCCGACCCCCUGGUGACGCGGCGCGGCCAGUUGAAGUGA